UGAGUGAGAUAACCACUGUCAAAGCCGAUUACAGUUUAUCGCGUCUGUGAUUCGGUCACGGUCUGUCCACUUGAGGGUUCUCCCUUUGUGAACGACACGCCUUUCGCUUUCUCCUGCUUGUUUGUUGUUUGUUUGCCGAACAGCAUGGAUUUAUUCUAGUGUUUGUGGGAGUCGGACAUAUUUACUAUGAGUUGCUCUGCAGAAGCGCUCCCGUCAGCGCGGCAACUUUUUGGUGCGCCACGGUGCCACUGAGCCGCGCGUCUCUCGGUGGGAAAAGUUUACACACAACCCCCGGCGAACAUGGGCUCGCGGUGAAAGCUUCGGUUGUCUUCUCUCUUCCAACCCGUACGACAAAAUGCAGAAGAGCGUCCGCUACAACGAAGGGCACGCGCUGUUUUUGUCAGCGGUCGCGCGUAAAGAAGGGACUAAGCGCGGCUACCUGAGCAAGAAAACGGCGGAGAACAGCCGAUGGCACGAUAAAUUCUUUGCCCUCUACCAGAAUAUACUGUUCUACUCCGAGAACGAGCAGAGCGCGAGACCUGCCGGGAUAUACCUGUUGGAAGGAUGCACCUGCGAGCGCUCACCGGCUCCCAAAAUGUCCACUGCUGGAAAGGAAGCGCUGGAGAAACAGCACUACUUCCUCAUCGUGUUUGGUCAUGAUGGACAGAAGCCUCUGGAGCUGCGCACAGAGGAGGAGAGCGAGUGCGAUGAAUGGGUAGAGGCCAUCCAGCAGGCAAGUUACUCUGACAUCAUCAUUGAACGAGAGGUGCUGAUGCAGAAAUACAUUCACCUUGUACAGAUAGUGGAGACUGAAAAGGUGGCUGCUAAUCAGCUGCGCACCCAGCUGGAAGAUCAGGACACAGAAAUCGAGAGGCUCAAAGCAGAGAUUAUAGCUCUAAACAAAACUAAGGAGCGAAUGCGGCCUUACCAUGUCAACCAUGAAAAUGAAGACCCGGAUAUCAAAAAGAUCAAAAAGGUGCAGAGUUUCAUGCGGGGCUGGCUCUGUCGGAGGAAGUGGAAGAUUAUUGUUCAAGACUACAUCUGCUCUCCUCACGCUGAGAGUAUGAGGAAGAGGAACCAGAUCGUCUUUAACAUGGUGGAGGCAGAGACAGAGUACGUCCACCAGCUCUACAUCCUGGUCAACUUUUUCCUCAGACCUCUGAGGAUGGCUGCCAGCUCUAAGAAACCCCCCAUCAGCCACGAUGAUGUCAGCAGCAUCUUCCUCAACAGUGAGACCAUCAUGUUCCUUCAUGAGAUUUUCCAUCAAGGCUUGAAGGCAAGAAUAGCCAACUGGCCAACUCUGGUGCUGGCUGACCUAUUUGACAUCCUGCUGCCCAUGCUGAACAUCUAUCAGGAAUUUGUGCGUAACCAUCAGUACAGCCUGCAGGUUUUGGCCAACUGUAAGCAGAACAGAGACUUUGACAAGCUGCUGAAACAGUACGAGUCUAACGCCGCCUGUGAGGGACGGAUGCUCGAGACCUUCCUCACGUACCCCAUGUUCCAGAUUCCUCGCUACAUCAUUACUUUGCAUGAGUUAUUGGCACACACGCCUCAUGAGCAUGUGGAGCGCAAGAGUCUUGAAUUCGCCAAGUCCAAAUUAGAGAAUCUGUCCAGAGUAAUGCAUGACGAGGUGAGUGACACAGAGAACAUCCGGAAGAACCUGGCUAUAGAGAGGAUGAUAGUGGAGGGCUGUGACAUCCUGCUGGACACCAGCCAGACCUUUGUCAGGCAGGGUUCACUAAUCCAGCUGCCGUCAGUGGAGCGAGGGAAGCUAAGUAAGGUCCGUUUGGGCUCUCUCUCUCUGAAGAAGGAAGGGGAACGUCAGUGCUUUCUCUUCACCAAACACUUCCUCGUCUGCACACGCAGCUCUGGAGGAAAAUUGCACCUUCUCAAGCAAGGUGGAGUUUUGUCCCUGAUUGACUGCACACUCAUAGAGGAACCAGAUGCCAGCGACGAGGAGUCUAAAGCUAGCGGUCAGGUAUUUGGUCAGCUGGACUUUAAGCUCAUAGUAGAGCCUUCAGACACACCUUCAUUCACUGUGGUGUUACUGGCACCAUCGCGGCAGGAGAAGGCGGCAUGGACCAGUGAUAUUAGCCAGUGUAUAGAUAAUAUCCGCUGUAAUGGCUUGAUGACAAGUGUAUUUGAGGAGAACUCUAAAGUCACUGUGCCUCAUAUGAUCAAAUCCGAUGUGCGUCUCCAUAAAGAUGAUGUUGACAUUUGCUUCAGCAAAACGCUCAACUCCUGCAAGGUCCCCCAGAUCCGCUAUGCCAGCGUGGAGCGGCUGCUGGAGAGGCUGACCGACCUGCGCUUCCUCUCCAUAGACUUUCUCAACACCUUCCUGCACACAUACAGGAUUUUCACCACGGCAACGGUGGUCAUGGACAAACUGGCCGACAUCUACAAGAAGCCCUUCUCCUCCAUACCCAUCAGGUCCUUGGAGCUGUUCUUUGCCACCAAUCAGAACAACAGAGGUGGCGAGCACAUAAACGACAAAUCACCUCGUCUUUGCCGCAAAUUCUCCUCUCCACCUCCUCUGUCCAUCCAGUCCCGCACCUCUUCCCCUGUCCAAACACGAAAACUUUCCCUCCACUCCCCCAUCACCGCCAGGGUCGGAGGCCUCGACCUAACCAGUCCUUUUUCAAACUCCAGUGUCAACCAUAACACUUCCCAGUCUGCUGCCAGUAGCCCCACAUCUGCCCACACCCCCCAAACCCCCCCAACCCCCCAAACCCCAACACCUCAGACCCCAACCCCAACCACCUCCUCUUCUCCUCCUCCCUCUUCCACCUCUCCCCCACCCAACAACUCCAAGCCACCGCAGGACCAAGUUCCUCCCAUUCCCUUGUCCCCGGACCAGAGUCCCUGCUCGACUGCAGAGGGGGAGGAUGUGCCCAAGAUCGACCCCUUCUGUGGCAAAGUGAGACGGAGCAUCCGCAGAGCUGUCCUGGAGUCGGUGGCAGUGGAGAAAAUCAUCCCAGAGUCUCCUCAGAGCAGUGAAGCAGGAGACAUGUCUCCAAGUCGAUCCCCUUCUACACCUCGACACCUCCGCUACAGACAGCCUGGAGUCCAGUCAGGGGAGAACUCACGCUGCUCAGUCUCUCCUGCUUCAGCCUUUGCUAUCGCCACAGCAGCAGCAGGACAUGGUUCACCACCAGUGUUUACUAACUCUGAAAGAACUUGUGAUAAAGAGUUCAUCAUCCGCCGAGCUGCAACUAACAGAGUUCUCAACGUACUGCGGCACUGGGUUUCCAAACACUCACAGGACUUUGAGAUGAACGGGGAGCUAAAGAUGUCCGUGAUCUGUCUUCUGGAGGAGGUCCUCAGAGAUCCGGACCUCCUGCCUCAGGAGAGAAAAGCUACUGCAAACAUACUAAGUGCCCUUUCUCAGGAUGAGCAGGAUGAUGCCCAGCUGAGGAUAGAGGACAUCUUACAGAUGGCGGACUGUCCGAAGGCAGAGUGUUUCGAGUCUCUCCCAGCGAUGGAGCUGGCCGAGCAGUUCACACUUCUGGAUCACAUCGUCUUCAGAAGCAUUCCUUAUGAAGAGUUCCUGGGGCAGGGCUGGAUGAAGGUUGAUAAGACCGAGAGGACGCCAUACAUCAUGAAAACUACUCAACACUUUAAUGAUAUGAGUAACCUGGUGGCAUCACAGAUUAUGACCCACACCGAUGUGGGCUCGAGAGCCAGCUCCAUAGAGAAGUGGGUUGCUGUGGCUGACAUCUGCCGCUGUCUCAACAACUACAACGGAGUCCUGGAGAUCACAUCCGCGCUAAAUCGCAGUGCCAUCUACCGUUUAAAGAAGACGUGGGCUAAAAUCAGCAAACAGACUAAAGCCCUGAUGGACAAACUACAGAAGACUGUGUCCUCUGAGGGAAGGUUUAAAAAUCUGAGGGAGACCCUGAAAAACUGCAACCCUCCAUGUGUGCCAUACCUGGGAAUGUAUCUAACAGAUCUGGCCUUUAUUGAGGAGGGAACACCCAAUUUUACUGAGGAAGGUCUUGUUAACUUCUCCAAAAUGAGGAUGAUAUCCCACAUCAUCAGAGAGAUCCGACAGUUCCAGCAGACUCCGUACAGAAUAGAGCACCAAGCCAAGGUGACCCAGUACCUUCUGGAUAAGACUCUCAUCAUGGAUGAAGAGACACUCUAUGAUCUCUCACUGAAGAUCGAGCCCAGGCUUCCAGCAUGAGUUACAGCUGUUUGAGGCCAGUGGGAGCCUGCAGAACCUGGACCCCCAAGGGCAACACGCCCACGUAUUUUCAUCAGUCAAGAGGAAAUCAGAAAGUUGCGAGAGUGACGUGGAAAUAAAUAUAAGAGAGAUACUGACUGAAGUGAGAGAUACCUUUAGAGUCAAAUAUGAGGCCAGUUGAACAAGCUUUUACAAGAGAGGGAGCAUGAGAAGAGGACAGGCUGAAAAUUUCUAAGGUGAUAGAUUGAUUGUCUUCAAGAAGAACAAGAGAAAAAGGUUCUGGUUGCAUUGCGUGAGGGUUUUUAGGAAAUGACAUGUCGCUGUGUGCGCUCAUCAUUCCUCAGUCUAGAGUGUGGUGCACUUGACAUCACACUUCCUCAGACAGCCUGAGAGUGCAGGGAAGGCUGAGAGCAUGAAGAGAAUGGAUGAAAUACAGUGGAUGUAACAGAGAUGUAGCAUAUACAGAUAGUGUAAGAGAGAGAUGUCUGAGCUUGGUGUCUCUGUGCUGUUGUCUGUGUUCUGUUACCUGUGCAUUUCCGUGCCAUGUCUUGGAGCAAGAUCCCCAAAAUAUGCUUUCUGUCAUGAUGGUCACUGCACAAAACUUGCAUGAUUUCAGCUUGGGAUGUAACUGUCUAAAUGGCCUUCAACCUGACCCAUGACCCUCUGCUUAGCAUGCUUCACUCUUACCGGGGUGACUCUUUAAAUCACUAUGCAUCCUCAGUGGGCUGGAUAUGGCAAAACGCCUUUAAGCCUUCAAUAUCAUGUAGAAAGAUACUAAAAUGAACAUAAUUUAAACUGGAAAAAUUUGAUAUAUUUUGAUAAAGUAGCUGAUUUUUCCAUUGAUAAAACAAAGAAUUCUGUAUUUGUCUUUAGUCGGUCUUUGCCUAAAGAUGUCUGAUAAAAAUGGAAAGCUCUUUCUAAAAAAAAUUCCACAUGAAAUUAAAAACUUUAUCAGUGCCUUCCAUUAGUGUAGGUCAACUAUCCCACACUUGCCAAUUUACAAGUGAAAAGUUUUAUAGAAAUCCUGCUUAGAAUUCCUAAGAUUUCUUUUAGAAAUUGGACUGUAGUUUCACUUAUUCAACUUCUUUUUUCAGAAAAUAGGUCACGUGGAUUAAACAGUAGCAUGUUAGUGUAAACACAGUGAAGUCAUUGCAGCAAAUAUCUCCCUCUAGUGUUUAAACAUUGUUAUAACCUCUACUGUCCCAAAGCUUUUGCAGCGUUUGUGUGCAGUUUGAUUUCUUUAGCUUUUAGAAACUGAUGUGUGUAGUCAGGUCCCAGUGUGUAACGCUUGGAUGUAGGCUGGGACAGUUUUUGCACUCUCUGAGAUGUAGCUUUGCUUGAGUGACAGUAUGAUCGUUAUUUACCAUGCUAUUUAUUUCAUCAGAUACUGUAUUUAUAUUAUUUUUGUAUAUAGUGACAUAUCCACACAUAUCAUAUGAUUGAUGAAGAAAUACUUUGAAUUGUUAUGGUGUGAAUAUUAAUUUUAUUGUCGUUUUUUGUCUCUCCACCUUUUAUGUUGAAUUCUAGUUUUGCAUCCAAGGCUCGUGUAUCGCAAAAAAAAUCUGUUUAACUGUAUCAUAAAAAAAACAAUGUCUUUUGAAAAAAAAUGUAGCAUUUGAAUAAUAAGAAUUUAUUUUCCGUAUUGCUGAUAUGAUGAACAUAGUUGUCCUGCAUGCACACAACAGCUGCAUGUUGUACAUGUCUGACUGGACACUCCCUGUGCGUUCUCCCUCUGCUUCUCUAUAUUGUCUCUGUAGCUGCCAGGAGGCUCUCUUAAAAGGCAUAGACACAAUAUUUUGGCCCAUUUGUCUCUUUGUGUAUCUCAUGAAGUCGAUUAUAGUCUUUAGGCUAUGUCAUCUGCAAAACAGUCUGUUGUUAUGUAAGAAGUUAUGCAGGCCUCAGUGAAAACCGAGAACUUUACUCAUAAUCAUCUCCUUGUUCCAGAUUGAUUAGAGGAAAUGUUUUCAGGCUUUGCUUUUUGAAAAAACAUGUCCUUUGCACUGUGUCUGUUGUGUGUAUGGUAGUGUAUGUUUUACAUACAGGUUUGGGAAUACAAGAAGCUAUGUUUGUAUUUGAAUAUCAUUUUUGUGUAUUGUUUGCAUUUUUCACUGGUAGGUGCAGGGGAAAUAAAUUCAAUAUGCCUUA